GUGAACUACUGCUUUGACAUUGCAAUUGCGCCGGCCUCCAGGCAAGCACUCGAGUGCGCCAUGUCGAAGAUCAUGAGCCACGUCCCUGGCAUCACAUUCCACAACGUGCAGUAUAGCGGCCUGGACAGAUGCACUUCGUCGCCGGCAAUCUACAUGCAGUCGAAUGGGCGAAGGAGCGGUAACGGCUGUUGGGCGGACAUCGGCAUGUCAUCUUCCAUCUUUGGUGGGAAUCAGAAGCUCAAUUUGCAAGCUCCUGGCUGCGACAAUUGUGGCACAGCAACUCAUGAGCUCCUUCAUGCCUUAGGCAUGGCGCAUGAGCAGUCGAGACCCGACCGGGACAGCUUCAUUACCGUGGUUUGGAGCAAUAUCAAAGCCGGCAUGGAUGGCCAGUUUACCAAGAACCCCAAGGCAGACAUCCAUCGGCCAUACGACAUCAUGUCCAUCAUGCACUAUUCCAGCCGAUCCUUCUCAAAGAAUGGUGGAGACACUAUUCUGGUGAAGCCGGAGGGCUUUGGGCUUUACACCAC